UCUAGUUUCUUGCGUUCUGACGGUAACAUCUCGGGGUUCCUCACUUUAGGAUAGGGCUUUGCGCUUCUAUUAAAGUCUAUCUUCGUUGCUGCUAGUAACUGCAGUCUGCGGGCGUCGCAGUUUUGUAAUUGGUCGGUUGUUUUCGGUAAAUGUUCGGCAACAGUCAAAACACUAAACACUCGCUUUCCACCAGGAUAGUUCAGAUUUUGGUCACCAGAGUCCAGAUCUCGUUAGGGUUCCUUUCCAUUUUGUGACGUCACGCUAAACUGCGCCGCACUAGGCCAUAAAGCGACUGGCGCUAGUGUCGUCUCUUCACUCGUCAGUCGUCUUGCAGCUCUCUCGUUGUUCGGAUGUGUGAUCAGUGUGAACUCUGACGUGUCUUAGUUUGUAUAAGCGUAGUACUCGUAUAGUAGCAUCAACAACGAUUCGUAAAAGUGCACUACAGGAUGUCUGACACUAAGACGCGCCGUGGAUGGGACGAUCGUCGAACACCGGAGGAUCGACAUCAUAACGACCGAAAACGUAAAAGCGACAAUGAGCAUCGAGACCGUGAUGAAGGUCGACCCAGAAGAGAGCAUUAUCGGGACUUCAACGAGAACAAGAGGCACAGAGGUCACGAGAACGACAGGCACCACGACGAGAACAGGCGUCGGGACGACGACAGACCGAGAAACACAGCGGACGAUGAUAGACAACAGAACAGAGGUCGGGAUGGCGACGAUAGAUUCAAGAAGAGCAACAGGGGCAGAAGGUCUAGAUUCGAACAGCCUUUCGUAAAUAAGGAGGCUUCACCAGAAUGGGGUAAACCAAGAAUAAAAGAUGAACCCAAGUCAACUCCUCAAGAGAAAGAGAAGCCAAAUUUCCAGACCUCUGGUAAAUUGACAGAAGACACAAACACAGUUAACGGAGUAGUGAUAAAGUAUGCAGAGCCUUCAGAUGCUCGUAAGCCUAAGCGUAGGUGGCGUCUGUACCCGUUCAAGGGUGAGAAAGCUUUGCCAGUUCUCUAUAUUCACAGACAAUCAGCGUACUUGAUGGGCAGAGACAGGAAAAUAGCAGAUAUUCCUCUGGACCAUCCAUCCUGUUCAAAACAACAUGCAGCGUUACAGUAUCGUCUUGUUCCUUACAAAAGAGACAAUGGAACAGAUGGAAAACAUAUUAGACCAUACAUAAUAGACUUAGAAUCUGCAAAUGGGACCUUUGUUAAUGACGUCAAGCUGGAGCCAAAAAGAUUUCACGAACUUUUGGAACGUGAUGUGAUAAAGUUUGGAUUCAGCUCAAGAGAAUACGUUGUUCUGCACGAGCAGAGCAAAGAUGAAGAACAAGAUGAUGAUGUUAAUGAAACUUAAUAAAAAUUACAUUUUUUGAGUAAAAAUGUAUUAUCUAAGAAGCAAAAAGCAUAUGUUGAAUGACUUUAUGGGACAUUGUACCUCUUGUUACACCUCAUCGAUAAAAGAAAGUUUUUCUUAAUAAGCAUACAUUACUGCUAAGGUAAUAAUGUAGGAGCGUAACUUCUAUAUACCUUCUAUAUACCUUAAUUUGAAAAACUUUGUGUCCAACAUUUGUCAAUUUGUUAAAGUUUAAAUUAAUCGAUAAAUAUUGUACAUUAUAUUUAACAAACUGUAAUAUAUUGAAAAUUUAGGUAUAAUUUAUAACUGCCUCUGCUUUAUCAUUAUAAGCUGAGAACGUUGUAGUAUCAUGUAAUUCUCAAGCAAUUUUUGGAAUAGAGUAUUUUUUAUGUAUUUAGUAUUAACAAAUAGAGCAACUUUACUGAGUUUAGAAAUAUAUUGCGACGUUCAGCCAUCUUCUCACUCACUUGAUUGGAAAACUGUUUUUAGUAUAUUGCGAAAAAUGUUUAGAUUGUAAUAGUAGGGAAAAAACCGUAGUAUAUAAUUUAUAUACAUCUUGAAAAAAAUAAAUUCAUUACAAGUAAUAAA